AUUCUUUCCCGCUCCCCGAAAAGCUCCCCCGAAAUUGUAACCCUAACUCCGUUUCUCGAGCAGAUAAUCUUCUUCCCCUCCAAUUGCCUCUCUAAAAUCUCACAGUAGAUACAAAAAAAGCUAACUUUGAAAAUGUUCUAUUCGCACAAUCUACUUGCAAGAAAAGGUCCAUUGGGCACGGUGUGGUGCGCCGCCCAUCUCCAAAACAAGCUCAAGAAAUCCAACUAUAUCACCGUCAAUAUCCCCUCUACUGUUGAGCAAAUAAUGAAUCCACAAGUACCAAUUGCACUAAGAAUGUCUGGUCAUCUCCUGCUUGGUGUUGUUCGGAUAUAUUCAAAGAAAGUCGAGUAUCUCCAGCAUGACUAUAAUGUCCUACGUAUAGACAUAAGCAAGGUCUAUGCAAAUGCAGACAUUAAUCUGCCAGAAGAUGCCAAUCAAGCAAAAUUUGAUUCCAUCACAUUGCCUGAUAGAUUUGAUCUCGACUUAAUGGAUGUUGAUGAUUAUGAUCCAUUUGGGUCCCCCGACACCCAUUUAAGGCGCCAUGAAGAUAUUACACUCUCAGAAAAUAGAGAUCAAAUUCCUUCAGGAUAUAUUGUGAUUUCAUUUGGCGAGGAUGCCUCCAGCAAUCCAUCUCUCUCUGGGAAUGAUUCACAGUCAAGAGGGAUGCCAGUUGUUGAAAGUGCUAUUCCUGAAACUCCACCUGUAAGAAUUACUACUACUGGUUUUCAAGAUCCUGGUCCUAGUCAUCAAGGGCAAAGUAGUGACAGGUUUAGCAAUGGGAAUGAGAAUGAUACAGCUUCACCUGAAGUGAUACGUGAUGCUGCUGAUAAUAAUGAUUAUUUUCAUAUGAGUCCGCCAGGUCAUCUAUCUCUUCCAGACAGGGUGGAACCAGACCCAGAGUUGGUGAAUGAGAUAGAGAUAUCAAAUCAAAGCGCUCUACCAACACCAACAAUGGAUGAAUUCUUUGUGCCACCUCACCAAACUCCACCGCUAGAUUCAACUUCAACUCAUUCAGAACCAGUCAAUCAUAACUCUGACCCACCUGUCCUGUAUGAGGUAGCACCAACUCCACCGGCUGAGCCUGAGCCAGCUCUUGUAGCCAAUCAGCCAAGAGCAAAACGGAGAAAGAUAAAAUAUGAUGAAGCUAUAGUCUUAACUAAUGAGUUCAUGGAAAAAUCUUUAAAAGAUCACAGCAACUUGUUACGGAAAAGAAAAGGAGUCGCCUGCUCUUCUUUGGAUGUUGGGAGGGUAAACAAUAUCCGUAAAAAGGAAAAAGUCUUGUUUGAACCUGUAUUUACUGGGCUGUCUGAUAAUCUUUGUAAACUUUUUGAUGGUGCCCACAUGUCAUCAAGAGCUCAUCAGAUUGUCAUCGAAGAAGAAGCUGAGAUGGAAAUUGAACAUGAACAUCAACCUGAGAAUGUGGGCUCAAGAGCUCAUCAGAUUCACAUUGAAGAAGAAGCUGAGAUGGAAAUCGAACAUCAACGUGAGAAUGUGGGCCCCGGCCUCAGUGAUGUCAAUGUGAUACCAACAUAUUCUCCGGAUCAUAAUAAUAAUAAUACAUCAUUCUCUUCUCCACCUCCAAUGGACGAAUAUACCCCUGCCAUGACUGAUGUAGGAGGGUCCAGAUCAUAUCCUGUUCAGACAACAAUAGGGUCCACACCAGACCCCACAUCAUCUACUGGAUCUUUUCUAUCUGAUGUGGAAACGCCUGCCACAUUCUUCCAAGAUCAUCAUGGCUUUGACAACACUGGAGCUCUAUCUGAUAUUCCUGAGCUUGAUGAUGCUGAUGCUGGAGAGCUGGCCUUUAUUGAAGAGGAUGGUGGUUCACCAAUGAAUUACUCGUCUGCUAGACAAAGGUCACCACCAGAAAUUGGUUCAUUGCAAGCAAGAACUAGAGCUGUUGCACAAUAUAUAAAGGAAAAGUCAUCAGCCACCCCUUCUUCUACACUACAGAAUGCAGGAUCUGUUAGUUUGAACACCAUUCUUGAAGGAAAAAGAAGAAAAGUAUGUGCUCGAAUGUUUUAUGAGACACUGGUCUUGAAGAGCUGUGAUCUUGUUGAACCUAUCGCUGCAUAUAUUGUUGAUUUGAAUGCUGCAUGAUCAUCCAUCUGUGUAAAGUUUGGAUGGAUGAUUACUGGAGGAAGACUGUGAUAUGAUUUGUCUUCUACAGUUUGCUCAAUAAUUCUGCUGUUCUUCCUCCAUUUUGGUUUUUACGUUUUGUUGAACUCUUUGGAAGCAAUUUAAUUUAUUUUUUGGUGUAGGGUAUUUGGGUUUUUAGCUGAACUUAAGUUGCCAGAUAGCUAGCCUAAUGUUUAACUUUAUUUGUAAAUUAUUAAGGUU